ACUUAUUUAUUCAAUAUUGUAUUACUAAUUAUCUGUAUAUACAGUAUAUACACACACUAUAUUGCCAACAUUAUUAGGACGCCCCUCCAAAUCAUUGGAUUGAGGUGUUCCAAUCACCUCCAUGGCAUGCAGACUGCUUCUACAAACAUUUAUGAAAGAAUGGGUGGCUCUCAGGAGCUCAGUGAAUUCAAGCGUAGUACCAUGAUGAGUUGCCACCUGUGCAAUAAGCCCAUCCGUGAAAUUUCCUUGCUACUAAAUAUUCCACAGUCAACUGUUAGUAGCAUUAUAACAAUGUGGAGGCAACUGAGAACAACAGCAACUCAGCCACAAAGUGGCUGCCACGUAAAAUGACAGAGUGUUGUCAGCGCAUGCUGAAGCACACAAUGCACAGAAGUCACCAACUGUCUGCAGAGUCAAUAGCUAAAGGCCUCCAAACUUCAUUUGGCCUUCAGAUUAGUACAACAGCACAGUACAUAGAGAGCUUCAUGGAAUGGCAGAGCAGCUCCAUACAAGCCU